AUGACAAAUCUGAAGAAGCAAAAGGUAACAGAGGAAGAAGCACCACAAAGAAUCAACUGCAGUUUCAGGCCUGAGUAUGAAACCCUAAUCAGUCGUUGUUUUAGUUUUGCUGUUGAAAGAGAAAUGGAAAAUGUUCUGUUGUGGUCUCAGUAUAGUAAUGGGUGCACAUUGCCUGAAUCUCUCUGCACAUGUUCGUCCUUGAUAACUUUAGAUGUUAAACAUUGUGGCUUUAAUAACGCGGUCAUAUCGUGGAACUCUCUAAAGAGUAUAAAGUUGGGGCAUUUGAUGCUAACCGAUGAUGAAAUGGUGAAAUUAUUGUCAGGCUGUCCUGCAUUGGAAACAAUGGAAUUAUAUAGCUAUACUGGUUUCCAUCGCCUGGCAAUUAAUUCCCUAAAAUUGAAGACACUUAGGUUGAAAGAUUAUGUUCGGAUGGGUGGAAAUGGAGAUGACUUAGAAAUUCUUGCCCCGUAUAUUCAGCAUUUGGCAAUAUCAGGAGAAGAUCUCAAGUGUAGGCUUAUUGAUGUGUCUUCUGUAGUUAAUGCUAAGCUCAUUUACAGCUUUGCCUGUAUCAAAGGCAUUCCAAGUACUUAUGUGGAAGACUGCUGCCGUGACUAUCAUCAAGUAGUUUAUACCCUCGUCCAAGAUAAUUUUCAAAAGUUAUGUUAUGCAACUGAUCUAACAAUUGGAACUUGGUUCACACAGUUUCGUUGGGAUUAUUGCACCAGGUCAUGUGCACAUUGCAGUUCAAAGGGUCGCCCAUUUCAGAAUUGA